AUGUUUAAGCUAGACAACGAGCUUAUUAAGGACAGGUUUACUGCCACCUCCUUCAGUUUCUACACUGAGCAGGAGAUUGAAAAGAUCAGCAUAAAGCAAAUACUAAACCCUACGGCAUUUGAUCAUUUGAAUAAUCCAACGAAUGGUGGAAUUUAUGAUAAAACACUUGGAGUGUCUCCAUUUGAUCAUAGAGCAACUUGUGUUACAUGUGGUCUCGAUUGCUAAUACUGUCCAGGACAUUUGGGAUAUAUUGACCUUACUGCUCCUUGCUAUAAUCCAUUCUUGAUCAACCAACUAUACAAACUUUUGAAAUCAAAAUGUGUGAAAUGCCAUAGAUUGAGAAUUCAUCCAAGAAAAAUCGAUAUUUAUGUGCAGUGCUUAAAGCUUAUAAAGGCCGGAUAGAUUGUUGAGUCUCAGAAGCUUAAGAAUUACUUUAUGAAUGCAGCAAAGGAGACAGCAUUGCUGGGAGAUUCAACCAUCACUGAUGGAAAGAAGCUUUAUAAACUAAGACAAGAUCUUGACAAGAUGAUAUUCAGUGAUAUCAAGGGAAAAAACUAAUCUCAAAAGGUUGAACUAGACCCAAAUGACUACGCUACUUAUUUUAGAAAUUUAGAUAAAAAAUUCAAUAACUUGAAGAGGGAAGAAGAAGAGAAAAUUAUCAAUAUGUUUGAAGAGUCUAUCACCUAUAAUAAAGAUCAGAUUAUUUGCCACUCCUCAAUAUUGCAGAGAACCUUGAAGGAAAUUAAUCACGAAAUUUGGUCAUCGGUAGUACCCAUCUCAUGUCCACAUUGUCAAGAGAAGUCCCCUAACUUCAGAAAGGAUGGUUACACUAAAUUUUUCUAGAAAGCCUUAUCAGAGAAAUUGAGAAAUCAAAUGAAGCAAUAGGAGAGAUUGAGUAAGAGUGGAUCAAAGAAUAUUAAAGAUAAUGAUGAAGGUUUUGAUAUUAUUAAUGAGGAGUCAACCAAUGGUGCUUUCUCAAGAAAGGGUUCUCAUCAUGAUCGCACAACUACUGUCUCCAAUGACUAAUAUUCACAAUCAGCUGUAAAUUUUGAUGAUGAAGAGGAAGAGGAUGAAGCUAAUGACGACUACUCUUAAUAAAAAUUAUUAGCACCAAAUGAAGUCUAGGAUCAUUUAAUCUCACUUUGGAGAAAUGAAAAGCCAUUGCUUGAUAUAAUAUUUGGAAGAUUCUAUCCAGACCAUGAUGGAGAGCCUUUAGUAAAUGAUUCAUUAGGUCCUUAAAUGUUCUUCUUAAAAAAGCUGAUAGUGCCACCCAAUAGAUUUAGACCAGAGAGUCAAGGUGCUUUUGGAGGAGCAGGAGGUCAAGGUGACAAAGCAUAUUUACACGCUCAUUCAGCAAUGAUCUCUAAAAUUUUGACAAACAAUCUAGCUCUUAAGGAUGCUAUUUUAGCUUAAGAAAAUCAACAAAGCUAGCAUGACUCAAACUAACCAGGAAAGAAUCUUGCAAAUGAUGUUGUUUAAAAAUGGAUAGCUCUGCAGGAUUCUAUAAAUACAUUCAUGGAUUCAUCAAUGGCUAGCAAGACUGCAGAUAAGGAAUAGAAUGGUAUCAGAUAACUUUUAGAGAGAAAGGAAGGUAUGUUCAGAAUGAAAAUGAUGGGCAAGAGAGUUAACUAUGGAGGCAGAAGUGUUAUAUCUCCUGAUCCUUAUAUUACCACAGAUCAAAUUGGAGUUCCCAUUUUUAUGGCAAGAAAAUUGACAUUUCCUGAAUCGGUAUGUGAUAUAAAUGCUGAAAAACUAAGAAAGUUGGUUAUGAAUGGAUCUUAAUAGCACCCAGGAGCUAAUAUGAUAGAAGAUGAAGAGACAGGAGUAAGAACUCAUCUUGAGGCUCUUAGCUUUGACUAAAGAAGAGGACUUGCAUAGUUAUUAACAGUUGGCAGAAAGAUUGUAUACAGGCAUUUAUCCACAGGCGAUGUUUUACUUGUAAAUAGAUAGCCAACUCUUCACAAGCCAAGUAUCAUGGCCCACGUAGCUAGAAUACUCCCUAAGGAGCAAACAAUUAGAAUGCAUUACGCUAACUGCAGUACUUAUAAUGCUGACUUUGAUGGAGAUGAAAUGAAUCUUCAUUUCCCUUAAAAUUAUAUAGCCUGCUCUGAGGCAUAUAAACUCAUGGCAACUCAUAAGCAGUAUAUUGUACCAACUAGUGGAAAACCUAUUAGAGGUCUUAUAUAAGAUUCAGUUGUAUCAGGAGUUUUCUUAACCUCUAAGGACACAUUUUUAACAAAAGAAGUCUAUCAAUAACUUGUUUAUGUUGGCUUAAGAGAACUCAUAGAGGAUGAGAAAAUUGGAAAAAUCUUUACCCUACCACCUGCACUUUUAAAACCAGUUCCAAGAUGGACAGGCAAAUAAGUCAUUUCAACUAUCUUAAAAAAUAUUGUGAAUUAGGAGAAUGAUUACAAAGUUAACAAUAUUACAGGAUUAAAUUUAGACUCUAAGGCGAAACUGUCUCCAAAAGAAUGGGGCUCUAUAGGCUAAGAAGAAGGUGAUGUUAUCUUUAGAGAUAAUGAACUGCUACUAGGCACCUUAGAUAAAAAUCAGUUUGGAGCAUCUGAAUAUGGAAUGGUUCACUCAUUCUAUGAAAUUUAUGGUUCAGAAAAAGCUGGAGAGCUUUUAACAUCACUUGCUAGAAUCUUUACAGUUUUUCUCUAAAUGUACGGUUUUACUUGUGGACUUGAAGAUUUAGUAAUUACUCCCGAAUUCAAUAAACAAAGAAGAGAAAUUAUUGAGUAAUCUCACAAAGCAGGCAUUGAAGCAGCUGCGAAAUUUUGUGGACUUCCUAAUUACAUUGCAAAAGAAUAUAACUAUUCAAAUAGAAUUGUUUACUAAUCAGGAAAGCAUGGCUUUGAUAAGGAAAUUAAUAAGUUUACUGAAAUGUCCAUCCCAUAAAAUCCAUUUGAAGGGAAAAAGAUUAUUCAACAUGAUGAUCCAAUCAGGAAAAGACUUGAAGAAAAAAUGAAUGCUGCUGAUGACAUUGCAAAGUUAGAUUCAGAACUAGAUAAUGUUAUGAGAAGUAAAAUGAGUUAGGCUACUAGUUAAAUUCUGAAGGUCUGUAUUCCAGAUGGUCUGGUAAAAAGAUUCCCAAGAAAUAAUAUAUCUGCUAUGGUCCUUACUGGUGCUAAGGGUGGUCUGGUUAAUAUGACUCAGAUUUGCUGUCUACUUGGUCAACAAGAACUUGAGGGUAAGCGUGUUCCUAAAAUGCAAAAUGGUAAAACUCUUCCUUGCUAUUUACCUUACGACCCUAAUCCAAGAAGCUCAGGCUAUGUUACAGAUAGAUUUAUAACAGGACUAAGACCAUAAGAUUUCUUUUUCCAUUGUAUGGCUGGAAGAGAAGGACUGAUUGAUACUGCAGUUAAGACAAGUAGAUCUGGAUAUCUCUAAAGAUGUCUCAUUAAGCAACUAGAAUCAUUGGUUGUGAACUAUGAUAUGACAGUAAGAGAUAACGACGGUUCAAUCGUUUAAUUCUUGUACGGAGAGGACUCUGUUGAUGUAAUGAACACUAAAUAUCUUGAAUAAUUUAAAUUCUUGGAGCAGAACUUCACAAGUCUAAUCACCAAUGGAAAUGAGAUUAUGCAAAGAGUAGAUAAAAAUACAGUUGAAACCUAUAAACAUAAUAGCAAAAAGAUCCUUAAGAGAAUAAAGAGGGACAAUCCUCAAAUAACUAAUCAUGAGCUUAAAAAGCAUAGAGGUGAUCCAGUUAUAGCUAAAUUCCAUCCACUUAAAUACUUCGGAUCUAUUUCAGAGAAAAUGGACUCUAAACUUAAACAUUAUCUUGAAAAUGAAUCGAUGGCAUAAAUGCUUGAGAAGCUAGGGAAGAAGGCCCCAAAGCAGAGAUUUGAACCUAUUAAAGGAGAUACAUUCAAGAAGAUGUAUUACCUAAAGUACAUGAAUUCAGUUGUCCAUCCAGGUGAGAAUGUAGGAACUAUUGCUGCUUAAUCAGUUGGAGAGCCUUCAACUCAAAUGACUCUGAAUACAUUCCAUUUGGCAGGACAUGGUGCAGGUAAUAUGACUCUUGGUAUUCCAAGAUUAAAAGAAAUUCUUAUGACAACUCCAACUCAUAUAAAAACUCCAAACAUGAUUGUGUACUUCAACAAAGAAAUGCAGCUAAAAAAGAAAGAAAUGGAGAUGCACGCUAAUAGAUUUAAAAGAUUAAAGCUCUCUGAUGUUACUAAAGAGCUUAAAGUCACUCAAAAGAUUGCAUCACUUGAGUCAGGGGAAAUUCAAAGACUCUAUUAUAUUACAUUGGAAGUUGAAAACGCUAGAAAGAUUGAGAAAUUUUUAGGACUUAAAUUCGGAAAGCUAUUUGAGGUAUUCAGCAACUAAUUUAUUCCAUUGUUGAUGGCAGAAAUUCUAAAGUAAUUAAAGAAAGCUAGUUAAGAUCAAGGAUAAGAAGAUGUGUAAACUAACCCAACUAAGACACCUACUCCAGGCUAAAAGAUAACAAAGAAGUUUAAGCAAGCUGAUGAUGUUGAGCAAUAGUUUGAUGUUGAAAAUGAAGAUGAAAUCAUCAAAAAAUCUAGUCAUAAAAGCAAGAGUAAAACAGGAGAUGAAGAAGAUGAUGACGAGGAGAUGGAUCAAGAUGAGUAUAAUAUGGAUAUUGAUGGAAUUCAAAAGACAGCCAAAGAUGUGAGAGGUUAUGAACAGGAGGAUGAAGAAGAUCAAGAUCUAAAGAGAUAAAACUCAAAAACUGCACCUGCCAACAUAAAUCCCGAUGAAGAUGAAGAGAAGAAGAUGGCUUACUUCUGCAAUGUACUAAGAGAAAAAUAUAGCAAGUAUAAUGGCUAUAUCAAAUAAAUCGACUAUGUAGAAAAUAAAUCAAUGACAGUGGUUUUAAGUUUCCCACUCUAAUUCAAGAAGAUACUUAUGCUUACAGUUGCGGAGUCACUAUUGCCUAAAGUCUUAGUUAGAUCAAUCUCUGGAAUUGAUCAAUGUAUUCUUGUAACACCAGACAAAGUCAAUGAAGAGCCUUAUCUUUAUGUAUAAGGCUUGAAUUUUGACGCCUUCUAUAAAGAUUCUCAGAUCUUUGACGUUAACAGAAUUCAAUCGAAUGAUAUCUGGCAAAUUAUGAAGAAAUAUGGAGUCGAAGCAGGAAGAGCUAACCUUGUGAAGGAAGUUAGAUAAGUUUUCAAUAUGUAUGGUAUUGAAGUCAACUACAGACAUUUAAGUUUGAUUGGAGACUUCAUCACCUUCAAUGGCGAGUAUAGAGCUUUUAACAGAAUUGGAAUGGAAGAGAGUAGUUCACCCUUCCUCAAGAUGAGUUUUGAAACUACCAUGAAAUAUCUAGUUGGAAGUUGCUUAACAAAAGACACUGAUGAUUUAAGUACUCCCGCAUCUGCUUUGGUACUGGGUCAAGUGCCCAAGGUAGGAACGGGAAUAUUCGACAUUAUUCAUGAUCCCGAAUAAGCUCUCUUCAAAUCAUGA